AUGGAUUUACAAACUAUAUACUACGAUAAAUCUGAGUAUGUGGAAACGGCCACCGGUAACAAGGUGAACCGGAAAUCGAGGCUUUUUGGAAGUCAGAAUAUUGUACUGAAUGGAAAGUCUACACUGAUGAAAGAUUGCAUUCUUCGUGGCGAUAUGCACAACAUUCGAACUGGUAAAUAUUGUGUUGUUGGCGAACGUACUAUCAUUCGACCAUCUUAUAAGCGUUUUAGUAAAGGAUUAACGUUUUUCCCUGUCCAUAUCGGUGAUCAUGUGUUCAUCGAAAAUGAUUGUAUCGUAAUGGCUGCAGAAAUUGGUGCAUUUGUACACAUUGGUCAUAAUUCCGUGAUUGGUCGCAGUGUAAUCAUUAAAAAUUGUGUGCAGGUCUUACCAAAUACAGUUGUUCCACACGAUGCUGUCAUUCCUCCUUUUUCAAUAGUUGAGGGUAACCCAGGUACCGUCAUCGGGCAACUGCCAGAGUCAACACAGGAGUUAAUGACUCAAGCAACUCGCGAUUUUUACGAUAAUUUUGUAGCUGAUUCAAAAAACCGACCGAUUGUCGUAUAG